AACACGAUUUAAAGCUUCAUAUCGAAAAUAUUAUGGAAAAAAUUAUCGAUAUAUCGACAAAGGUUUUUGCUUUUCCAUUCAAAUGAAUUGAAACAUUUUCUUGUUUGUUUAGGUUUUUGUUGCUUCUUGUGUUUAAUUAAUUGUGAUUUUGGUUUAGUUAAUUACUGUUAAUUUCUCUUUUUAUAGUUGUUUUACACUAUUUACUUUUUCUUUCCGGUAAAUUGGUAACUUAUUGUUUUACUGUUGGUAUUUUAUUGGACGAAUAAAUAAAAACAAAAAUGGCUGAGAAUCAAAAUGAACAUGAACUGUCAUUUGAAUCACAAUCUGAUGUGGCUAAACUUGUAAUUUGUGUGGUCAAGCAUCCAUUUGAUUUGGCCAAGACUCUUAUUCAAGUUGGAUAUGAACCUUUACCCUCUUUUCCCACCCGAAGUAUCUUUGGUCAACCCAAAAUCGGUCUACCUGGUGCACUUUCCUAUCUUGGUUAUGUUUUUAGACAUGAAGGAGUAACUGGUUUAUUCAGAGGUUUACCUUAUAGUGUUGUUGAUUAUUUUAGUUAUCGAUACACUUACAAUUAUAUAGAAAACAAUAUUGGUAGAGUUUGCCCUUACUUACAGAUAACCACACCUGAUCUAACAGAGGAAAGUGGAGACGUUACCACAACCGAAUAUCAACCAGCUCCCAAUUUAACAAUUAAACUUCAAAAAGAUGGACGUCGAUCAAAUGUUCCAAUAGAUUUUAAAAGUAAUGUCGAUGAAUUGAGAGUUGUUGUUCGAGAUGGACUUUGUAUCACCGGUGGAUUAAUAGCUUCUUAUCCAUUUCAUGUUUUAUUGGUUCGUAAUUUUGCUUCAUUCGUUGGAAAGGAAGUAGUUUACGAUUAUCCAUUAUCUGCGUUAAAAGAUAUAAUCAAAAAUGAAGGAAUCGCAGGUCUUUAUGCAGGUUUUGUUCCCAAACUGAUCGGUGAUCUUUCUUGCCUUGUGAUAACCAAAAGUAUCAUCAUCCUCCUCAUUAAACCGUAUCUAAAUGUACCCGAGUACAGUUCAGUUCUCACUACAAUAGUCAAUUUCAUGGUUCCAGCCAUUUUGUAUCCAUUUAAUUUGGUUUCGACUGUUAUGUCCAUCAACGGCUGUAAAUCUCUUGAAGCAGCCAACCUUGAACCAGAAUUUCUCAGUUGGACUGAAUGUUGGUCUCACCUUAGUUCUAUGGGUAAUAUCAAGAGAGGAUCAUCAAUUAUCUGGAGAGUUCAAACAUUACCACCCUCAGGAACACCACCGAGGCCGGAGGGUUUCGGACGAUAUGGAUCAUUAAAUAAAUUCAAUUGAACAGAGAAAACAACAACAAUUAGAUGAAUCCUUUUUUCCUCUUUGCACCAAGUUUAAUCUACUCAUCAAACUAUCAACAACUUUCAAGUGGAUUUUUCAAAUCUAAUAGGAAAUAUGGAUCAUAUGGAAUAAAUGGAAAUUGUGAUCAACCAAAGGAUAACAAUGGAAACUCAAAUUAGAUGCAAGAUUCAAUUGAUUGUUGACAAUUAAUUGUGAACAUCAAACCGAAUCAACUUAAAUAAUAAUACCCUGACUGUUAACAUAAAAGCCAAAUAUUAUAUAAAACUUUCUCUUAAUCAUUGAAAGUUUAUUAGUGAUACAAUAACAAUUUACCAAUAAGAAAUGUAUAUUGUUGAACUAUUAACAAUAAAAAGCACGAUUGCUUAACUAUCAUCA